AAGGGAGCGUUGACUCGACGCCACUCAGCACAAUCGACGCCGGUUGAGAUGGCGGCCGCUUCUCCGGUGGACGAUGAGAUCGCUCUGGACGCGCUGUCCGCCUUCACCAUUCGCCUGCUCUCGGCUGACAUGGUUGACAAGGCCAACUCCGGGCAUCUUGGCGCGCCUUUCGGCUGUGCCCCGCUCUCGAACGCGCUGUGGGGCAAGAUCAUGAGGUUCUCCCCCACCAAGCGCUGGAUCAACCGCGACAGGUUCGUGCUGUCGGCUGGGCACGCCUCCGCCCUGCUGUACUCCAUGCUGCACCUGACGGGGAACGGUCUCGGCGGGCCCUACGAGGUCACCAUGGACGCGCUGAAACAGUUCCGCAAGGCGGGCAGCAGCACCCCGGGCCACCCAGAGUUCCGCAUGACGAGUGGCGUGGAGGUGACGACGGGCCCCCUAGGACAGGGUUUCGCCAACGCGGUAGGCAUGGCCAUCGCGGAGGCGCACUUGGCUGCGCGCUUCAACCGCAAGGACUUCCCGCUGUUCGACAACUACACUUUCGUACUGGCUGGCGACGGCUGCCUCAUGGAGGGCAUUUCGACCGAGGCCGCCUCGUUGGCUGGGCACCUCAAGCUGCAUAAGCUCAUCGUCUUCUACGACGACAACAAGGUCACGAUCGACGGCACCACAGACAUAUCUUUCUCGGAGGACAUCCCCGCCAAAUUCGCAGCCAUGCGCUGGAACGUCCUGCACAUACCGAACGGCGAUGAGGUCGAUGCCACCGUCUACGAGAAGGUGGUGCAGGAGGCCAAGUCCCAGACCGAGAAGCCCACGAUCGUGGUCAUGAAGACGACCAUCGGGUGUGGCGCGGGGGUUGGCAUCGAGGGGGCGGCCAAAGCCCACGGCGGCAAGUUCUCCACGCUGGAGGCCAUCCGCCAGAAGUGGUUCUCGCCCGCUGGCCUCAGCAAGCUCGGUGGGGCCGUCGAGCAGCGAGUUGCCGCCCUGGUGCAGAGCGAGCUGGACCACCUGUCCAGCGACCCCUGUGCGAAUGGAUCCAAGCCAACGGUCCUUCCGAAGUUCUACGUGCCGCGCCCCGUCAUGAAGAGGUUCAGGGACGCGGGCGCAAAGGGCGACGUCAUGGCGGAGGAGUGGGAAAAGAUGGUAGAGAAGUACUGCCAGACUUUCGCAAGCUCCGACCCAGACUUGGUGAAGGACUUGAAGGCCAGAAUGGACGGCCAUUACGUGUCCGACGAGUGGGAUCGUGCUCUCGCGGAUCUCCUCAGCAAGGAGAAGGCUGACAUCGAGGCAAACUUGAGAGAACUGUCCAACACUGUCGAGCUGCCAGACAACGGUAUGGGUUUGGAACCCAAGAUGAAACGUAGGAAGACGUUCGACAGCGGCUUCAAGUACAAGGCUGGUCGGGUCUACGCGUCCCAGGUGUUGAAGUGCUUCGCGCAGCACAACCCCGCGGUGAUCGGUGGCUCUCCCGACGUGGCCAGCUCCUGCGGCGCCCACUUUCCCGACAUCCAGGGCCACUUCUUGCCCCCCUCCUACGCCGAGAAGUACAAGGGCGCCUCGUACGGUGGCCGGUACAUCCACUUCGGUGUCCGCGAGCAUGCUGCGCUGGCGAUCUUGAACGGCAUCUCCUCCAGCUCCUUCCUCAUCCCCUACAGCUCGUUCUUCACGAUCUUCUACCAGUACGGCCUCCCAGCGGUUCGCAUGGCAAGCAUCUCGAAGUUCCCCGUCCUGUACAUCGGCACGCACGACUCCAUCGACUUGGGGGAGGACGGGCCCACGCACCAGCCGGUCGAGGUGCUGCCGCAGCUACGCGCCAUGCCCAACCUCCUGGUCAUCCGGCCAGCGAACGUCGCCGAGACGGUGGGCGCCUUCCAGAUCUUCGCGGAGCAGUACCAGAACUGCAAGACAGAGCAGCAGUACAUAGACCCGAAGCCGCUCAAGCGACGUCCCGUGUUCAUCAUGACGUCCCGCGGCGAGCUGGGGGUGCCCUACAAGCCCAGCGCGAAUGUGGAGGGCCAGGACGGCGUCAAGCGAGGAGCUUACGUGAUCCACGAGUGCUACGACCGCAAGAACGGGGCGGACGACAAGACCAGCCUGGCGUGCCUGCCGGACAUUGUGCUCAUCGGCAGCGGCCAGGACGUGGCUCUCGUCAUGAAGACGAAGGAGCUCCUGCUGCAGUGGUCUGCCGAUUUCAACGCUCGGCUGAAGGGGGCGUUCGACGGAUAUCCGAAAGCCAUGCCAGUCAUUGCAGAGCCUAUCAAGGUUCGGAUUGUCUCCAUGCCGUGCUGGGAGCUCUUCGACGAGCAGGACCAGGAUUAUCAGGACUCCGUGCUCCUUUCGAACUACAGAGACAUCCUGCGGAUCUACGUCGAGAAGGCCGCCACGAAGAACACUGGGCACGACAAGUACGCCCACUUCUCGGAGAAGCUGGAGUUCACGCCGGAGUACAUCGCCGCCAAGGUCAGCGCCAGAAAG